AUGCGGCCCUCGACCUUCCUCCCUCUCGGCCUCGCAGCCCUUACAUCCGGCACCCCGCUGUCCCUGGCGCGGCGCAGCCUGUUCCCGCCGACGUCGACGGCCAAGGGCUUCGUGCUGGUGGCCAACGUGACGGACCUGUCGCGGGACCUGACGCCGUCGAUCCAGCACUUCAAGCUGGUGGGGGUGCACGUCGGCGCGGGGCUGGAGACGGCCGUGCUGACUCCGGACGCCGGCCGGGUGCUGUACGAGAACGGCACCGACGUCGAGGGCUACGGCAUCGCGGCCGACUCCAGCCUGAGCACAGCUGCCGCCCCCGCUGGGUUCAUCUACCCGUACGGCAUGCAGAUCAUCCCAAUCCCGCUAGGGGUGGAAGAAGACGAGGAUCCAGGCGACGCCGACGACGCCGACUACGUCGACCACGUGGGCAUCGACGUGGGCACGGCGCAGCGCGGCGUCGGGAUCCGCGACCCGCCCCCGGCAUCCACGCCAUCGACCCAGGCGUACGGGCCUGACGCUGGCACCUUCUGCGUGUGCUUCGAGGCCAAGCCCGCCUACGGCCGCCCGCAGUAUCCCGUACGCUUCGCGCGCGUGCAGACCGUCGACGGCGUCGCCUACCAGCAGAUCCCCGACGGCUGCGCGCCGAUCCGCCUGCUCGCCCAGUGCGCCGCCCUCGAGCAGGUCCCGGCGGGCGCCAUCUACGGCCACGACUUUGCGCGCACCGUCCGCUGCUACGAUAAUGUUGCGGCCGUUAGCUGGUCUUGA